AUGAGGUUCCUUUGUUCAUUUGUUUUGCCACGUCAUCAGUAUUUGUCCCGAGAAGGAACUUACGGGAAGGUUUACAGACCCAGAGAGAAAACUACUGGAAAGAUCGUCGCUCUCAAGAAGACGCGUCUCCAUGAAGACGAAGAAGGCGUUCCUUCCAUCACUCUCCGCGAGAUCUCCAUCUUACGCAUGCUCGCUCGCGAUCCUCACAUCGUCAGGUUGAUGGAUGUUAAGCAAGGACUGAGCAAAGAUGGCAAAACUGUGCUCUACCUGGUGUUCGAGUACAUGGACACUGACGUCAAGAAGUACAUCAGAAGUUUCCGUCAAACCGGAGACAACAUUCCUCUCCAAAUCAUCAAGAUCUUGAUGUACCAACUCUGCAAAGGAAUCGCGUUCUGCCAUGGACACGGUGUGCUGCACAGAGAUCUUAAGCCUUACAAUCUCUUGAUGGAUCCCAAGACGAUGAGGCUCAAGAUUGCAGAUCUUGGUUUAGCCAGAGCCUUCACUCUCCCUAUGAAGAAGUAUACCCAUGAGAUAGUGACUCUAUGGUAUAGAGCUCCAGAAGUUCUUCUUGGUGCCACUCAUUACUCUACAGCUGUUGAUAUGUGGUCUGUUGGCUGCGUUUUUGCUGAGCUUGUGACCAACCAAGCGAUUCUUGCUGGGGACUCUGAGCUCCAACGUCCUCACCAUCACUCUCACUUAAACUUCUUAAUCAGACUUGAAAAAAUUCUUCGGUAACGUCUUCUUCCGAUUUGUUGCGUAAUCAGCCUUCGACGCUCUCCGUCUGGGUAGAUCGUCGCAGUUCAUUGUUGCUUGGCUUCUCCGUUUAUGGGACUCGGAAAACAUCAAGAAGUAUGAUUGUCUCUCAUCACACUGCAAGAAACUAUAUGAAGUCAAAGAAGGCAAAUAAAAGUUUGAUUUCAAGGUGGUCACCGAGACCGUUCCAAAAUGAGCGUGAUUAUGUCCCGUUGAGCUCUAUGGCUUGGCCAAAGACGAGUCUGAUUACGGAUGAUACACAACAAGCUUCAAGAUAGAUAACAGUGACCUUCGAUAAAGGAGGCAAGCCUACUGUUAGAGUUGCUAGCCUUGGCCACGCGUUGCAUGUCUGGCUCAAUUGAGAAUACCUUGGAUAGUGUCUUAUCUGGAGCAUAGAUUCACAUGUCACACGUAGUGUUUCCAUCUUAGGGUUGAGCUCUGGACCACUUGAUCUCACUGAGAAAAACAAAUGGGGAAACAAGGUGGGUAUUGAAAGCUAGAAGCUCUAUAUUCACACGAGAAAGGGUAGAAGAAGGUUAAGUGGCAGAAAUUCUCAGGAAAAGCAUCAGGACUUACCUGGUAUCAGGCAUACUUUGAUGCGCCAGGGGUUUAGUAAUAUUAAGUUUUCUUUUUCCAUCUGAAGAAGAUUCUUUAACGAACCAAGGAAAAUAAAUAAACAUUAUAGACUGCAUACUGGGAAAGUUGAUAACUCUGAAACAUCACAUGAGUGGUGCUAUAUCUCAUGCUCCAAGAGCUCCUGGAAACUGCAGCGUGGGCUUUCAUCUUUAGUGUGUGGAUCAUAU